AUGAGGUUCUGUAUUGCAAUCUUCUUGUUGAAUUGCAUCCUUGCUGUGAUUGCUGAUCCUGGUCAGCAUCUAAUUGAUCUUACACAAGCAUCCCUUUCAGAUCAAGAUAGAAUAUUACAUACUCAUAAUGGAGAUCUUUCGUUUAUUUUCCCCAAUGGUCCAAGAGAUUAUUAUACUUUAUUAUUGAUAACAUCUACACUCCCGCAACAUUCAUGUCUGGAUUGUGAAGAGAUGAAGAAAGUUAUCGGGAGGGUGGCUCGGUCGUGGUUUGCAGACCACUCUGAUUCUCAUAUGUUAUAUUUCGUUGAUAUUGAUUUAAUUGAUCAAUCCAACAGACCUAUAUUUAAUCAUUUGAAAAUUGAAACCGUACCUCAUGUAUGGCUUAUCCCACCCACCAAGAAGAAUGAAGAUGUUAGCAAGUUUGACCUUGCUACAAAUGAAAGAUAUAUCUACAAUGCACCAGCGGAAGAAACUGCCUUAAAAUUGGCUCAAUUUUUAUCACAAAAUACUCAAAAGAAUAUCUUACUUCGUCAAGAAGAUCAAUUAUAUAAAUUUAUUCAAACAUUUGCCAUAACAUUUGGAUCUAUUGUACUUUUAAAGAAAAGAGGUCCAAGAAUUUUCCAAAAUCUUCAAAAAUCAAAUGCUUAUACAAUUAUUGUAUUAGCAAUUCUUAUGGCAUGUAUCGGUGGUUAUUCAUUCACUACCAUCCAAGGAGUACCAUUCAUAUCACUGGGUGAUAAUGGUGACAUCAUAUAUAUCAGUGGAGGAGUUCACUAUCAAUUUGGAGUGGAAAUCUUUUUAGUUGGUGCAACUUACACUGGUCUUACCAUUGCUAUAGCUACAUUAUUAUAUUUCGGAAAUUAUAAAGUUUCUCCAAAAUCAAGAUUUAUUGAUUCUGAACCCAAAAAGACAUCAAUGGUUCUUUUAAAUGUUUUGGUUAUUUAUCUUCUUUAUUCAUGUCUUACAAGUUUAUAUUUAAGGAAAGAUCAUGGAUAUCCAUAUUCAUUUAUGAAGUUGUUUUAG